GGGAGGGGGGAGGAACGGACCCCCUCCGUUCUAACGGGCCUGAUUGGGCGGCCUGGGUUCGAAAGGGGUGUGGCCGGCCGUGACCGAGGGUUAUAAAAGCGUUUGCUGGCCACCGGCCACCCUCCUUAUACUGAGGGUGGCAGAAGUGAGUGGACAAUAGCCUGGCGGGGGGGAAGGAAGGAAAGACGAUCUCCAAUUGCCCCCCCCCAAAUACAUGGGGAAGGAAGAACUUCUUAAAGAAGGGGAUUUGGGGCUUUCCCAAUAAGGAUUGGGGCUCCCUGGCCACACAUCAAGGGGACGAGGUGCUGGGGGGAGGUAGUUAAGUAAGGUGUUCGACCAGAAGUGAUCGACUGUAGAUCAACGCGCAUAUGUGAUCCCUCCAAAGAUCAGGGGUAGACUGAGUUACUCUACAGCCCUUUACGCAGAACCAGCAGAAUGAAUUCCAAUGUGGAAAAUCUGCCUCCCCAUGUGAUUCGGCUUGUGUACAAGGAAGUCUCUGCCCUGACGUCAGACCCACCUGAGGGCAUUAAGGUAUUCCCCAACGAGGAAGAUAUUACAGACGUGCAGGUCACCAUUGAGGGACCAGAGGGGACGCCGUACUCUGGAGGCCUCUUCCGCAUGAAGCUGAUCCUUGGCAAGGACUUCCCAGCCAGCCCGCCGAAAGGCUACUUCCUGACCAAAAUCUUCCACCCCAAUGUGGGUGCCAAUGGUGAGAUCUGCGUAAAUGUCCUCAAAAAGGAUUGGAAAGCAGAACUGGGCAUCCGGCACGUCCUGCUGACUAUCAAGUGUUUGCUCAUCCACCCCAAUCCGGAGUCAGCCCUGAAUGAAGAAGCAGGGCGCCUCCUGCUAGAGAACUAUGAGGAGUACGCUUCCAGGGCCCGCCUCCUGACUGAGAUCCACGCUCAGCCUUCAGCCGGCCUGCGUGCCAAGGACCCCGCUGAGCCUUGCUCCUCUUCGGCUGGCGCCUCCGGAGAGGGCCCCAUGGCCAAGAAACACGCAGGCGACAGGGACAAGAAGCUGGCCUCCAAGAAGAAAACCGACAAGAAACGAGCACUUCGGCGGCUCUAGGGGACCGAGGGGGGUGGGGGUGGGCGGGGUCUGGUACACGGGGUGGGUGGCGGGUAUCGGGCUUUCACAGUACAUCCUCCAUUUCUCCUCUCUGUUCCUCUCCUGUCUGACAUUUGAAGCUGCAGUCCAACUCUGUCUCACCCUUGUUGGAUUUUUCUUUUCAAUCUUUAAGUUAUUUAAAUUAUAAAAGCAGAAAAAUCUAUUAAAUGCCUUUUUUUCUAAGGGUGGCUCUUAAUGUACAGUGGUGCCCUCAUAUGAAUUUAGGGCAGUCCUCCCAUGGAGGACAUAAUGCUGCAUCUUGAAAAGGAUGUCAUAGAGCCAGACAAGGGGUGGGAUGAAGAUUGAAAAGGUGGGGGAUUUAAUGAUGUGUUUUGGAGGGGGGUGGACUGUGUUUGAGGGAAGUUGGUAGAGGCUUAUCAAAUCAUGGACUGCGCCAAGCAGGGUGAAAAGAGGAUUCUUACCAUGAGACCUCAGAGUAGCUCAGCAGUUUGUUGAUAAACAAACAUAGAAUUAUGUGUUUAAGAAGACAUGAUUCAGGGAUUCGUUGCCAUGGGAUGUGGCCACUAUUUUAGAAAACUUCCUGCAAGGUUAAGCAAAUAUAUGGAAGUCUGUUUGUGUAUUAGCCAUGAAUGUUAAAUGGAGCCUCCAUGGUGAGGAGGAAUAUACCCGGUUAUCAGAAGCUGGGGCGAGACUGGAUAGCCAUCAGUUUUAUGUCCUGCAUGUGAGCUCUUGAAGGUCACCAGGCCAAUUUCCACUGGAGAUCUAACGAUGCAAAGCCGACUUGACUGCUUACUAUGCAGCUGAGUUCACACAUUUUAAAAUGCUGGUGCACAGCCACUGUGGUGUGUUCAAGGUGUGUUGGGUGGGGUGUUUCUUGUACCCCUCAGUUUAGAUUGUCUUGCCAGAGGUGGAAAGAGGCAAGGAUCCGAGGUGGAGUCUAAAGAGGUGAGUGACGUGCCAGUGGUUUUGCAGAUGAGUAGCUUGGCAAUUUGCUAAAAUGGUUUACAUAAUGCAUGAGCUUGCUUUCAGCCCAUUUAUGCACAUGUGAACACAAUUCUGGGUAAUAAAAAGAACAGAGGCAGCUUAGAACAGUGCUGAAGUCAGUCUGUUCCACAGCUUGUACAGGCUGUGCAGCCCCACCAAAUAGCCAAGUGUUGCCUGCGUACUGUGACUUUUAAAUAUCUGUUGUGAGACAGCAUGUAGGCAACACGUCUUGUCCGGCUUGGGGUCUGUGCGCAUUUCUUUGACUGCAUGCGUGGACUGUAGUACAUUUGUUGUGUGCUUCCUUUUGCACCUGGUUCCAUAGGGGGAAAAAAA